GUAUCAAUAAGGACGCGUUUUACGUUUGGAACUCCAUUAUCAAAUAAUAGAUGCAGCAUUAUAUUUUCUUCUAUCGAGGAAAAAGCAUCACUAUUUCGGGCUUCGUAAAAAAACAAGGAGUGGUAAAACAAUAAUCGCACAUCUCGUAUGCAUGUUAUGGGAGAUGAUGUUUCUUUUACUUGAUUUUUGGAUUUGCUGUUUUGGCCUCGGAUAUUGAUAGAAGUCAGUCAUCAUUUAAGACUUACAGGAUAUAUUCGACUGUUCGAAGCAUAUUGCCCUUUCAAUAUUAGUUAGAGACAUGAUUGGCCAGUAUAUCAUAUUGACAGGAAUUUUAUGGCAACUCUGUUUGACUGAUGGGGCAUGCCCUGAUGGUUGGGACAGCGUAGAAUCAGGAUGUUACAAGUUUCAAGAUCUAACACAAAUAGCCCCGGACUGGAGUAAUGUGCCAACAUACGGAGAGGCAAAGGUGAUUUGUGCAGACAUGGGUGCUAAGCUAGUGGUUUUCAAUAGCUAUGAUGAGCUGGCGAACGUUGGUAACAGUUAUGCGUCAGAACGUAUGGGAGCUGCACUUGGAAUGCCAUUUAACUUCUGGGUCGGCUGUACGGACGCGGACGUAGAAGGAACAUUUGAGUGUGAAGAUGGUACACAACUUUCCCUCAGUAGCGAUUUGUGGCUAAGUGGAUACCCGAUAAGCUCUGUUGGAGGAGGUGGCAUCGAAGACUGUCUCUACUAUCUUCCUAAUAGACAUGGCUUGGAAGACACUGAUUGCAACGCGCCACACAGCGCUUUUGCCCUUUGCGAAGUUGACCCGUUGCCAGAAGCCACUACCCCAGAGGCCACGACACCGCCUCCACAGCAAUCCCAUAAUAGAAACCCGUCAGGAUUCUACGCGAUGGCCAAGGAUGACAAUGGGAACCCUCGGAGAAACUACUGUCUUUCCGCCGACCCGAUGAAGAUCAUAAGCGGCGUUAAAGAUAAAAUACAUUGCGCCGGUGAAUGCGGGAAAGAAGAGAACUGCGCCUCAUUCAAUUACAAAGGCAAUGAUUGCGAACUGUACGAUAAAAAUGGGAUGUUGACGGAUCAAGAUGGAUGCUUGCAUUAUGUGCGCCUUUAAACUUAGCCGAAAGUAUAUAUCUUGUAAAAUGGAUGAGUAACAAGAUGAAAAGACUGAUGAAAAACUUGUCAUCAAAUUGUAAGGCCUAUUUCAAUUUCGAAGUUACCAGAUGGUUACACGUUUUUCUUUCUCGAUCAGAUCCCCCCAUAAUACAAUAAUUGUUUCAG